AUGGAACUAAACAAUGGCACACAAGUGACUGAAUUCAUUCUCCUGGGAUUUGCUGGUCAGCACAAGUCUUGGCAUAUCCUCUUCACAGUGUUUCUAGGGAUCUAUGUGGUCACCCUAGUAGGUAAUACUGGGAUGAUCCUACUCAUCAAGAUUGAUUCUUCCCUUCACACCCCCAUGUACUUUUUCCUACAACACUUGGCAUUUGUUGAUCUCUGUUACACCUCUGCUAUCACUCCCAAGAUGUUGCAAAAUUUCAUAGGGACAAAGCAAUCCAUCCCAUUCAGAGGAUGUGUGGUGCAAUUAUUAGUCUAUGGUACUUUUGCCACAAGUGACUGCUACAUCCUGGCUGCUAUGGCAGUGGACCAUUAUGUGGCCAUCUGUAACCCACUCCGCUAUCCAGUUGUAAUGUCCCGGAGAUUGUGCAUUAAGCUGUUACUUGGUUCAUAUGUCAUGGGUUUCUUAAAUGCCUCUGUAAACACAAGUUUUACUUUCUCUUUGGACUUUUGCAAAUCUAAUGCAAUUAAUCACUUUUUCUGUGAUGAACCUCCCAUCCUUGCACUAUCAUGCUCCAAUAUUGGCUUCAACAUCAUGCUACUAACAGUGUUUGUGGGGUUUAACUUGAUGUUCACUGUGAUGGUCGUCAUCUUUUCCUACAUAUGUAUCCUGGCUGCCAUCCUGAAGAUAUCUUCUGCUGCAGGGAGAAAAAAAGCCUUCUCCACAUGUGCCUCCCACCUGGCAGCAGUUACGAUUUUCUAUGGGACCCUUUCUUACAUGUAUCUACACCAUCAUACUAAUGAGUCUCAAGAACAAGAAAAAGUGGCUUCUGUGUUUUACAGCAUUAUUAUCCCCAUGCUAAACCCCUUGAUCUACAGCUUGAGAAACCAAGACGUGAGAGAAUCCCUAAAAGGGAUGCGAAAGAAGUGCUUCUAG